AUGACCCCCGAGAAGGUGCUGAGGGAGGGGGUGCUGGAGAAGCGGAGCGGGGGGCUGCUGCAGCUCUGGAAGAAGAAGCGGUGCCUGCUGACGGAGAAGGGGCUGCAGCUCUUCGAGCCCAAGGGCUCGCGGCGCAAGGAGCUGAGCUUCGCCCGCAUGAAGGCCGUGGAGUGCGUGGAGUGGAAGGAGCGGCACAUUUACUUCACGGUGGUGAUGGACGACAGCCUGGAGAUCGACUUUCGCUGUGCCCAGGAGGACCCAGGCUGGAACGCCGAGAUCACCAUGGGGCUGGUGCGCUUCAAGAACCAGCAGGCGAUGCAGGAGGUGCGAGCCCGGCACAGCUGCAGAGCAGUGGUGCAGCUGGACACAGCCCCGGGGGGACAGCCCAGGGAAUCGCAGCUUCCCAGGAGUCGGAUGGAGAUGGAGAUGGCCCUCGGCUCGACAGGUGCUGGGGAGAACGGGAUCCCUGCGGGCAAAUGAGGUCACCGCUGUGCAGCCCGGGGACAGGACAGUGGCCCUGGGGAGGCCGGUGCUGGUGCUGGCUCUCCCCGUGCCGGGGCAGGACAGAGGCACCACAGGAGCUGGGCUGGCACAGCCACUUCCCCUUGGCACAGCAAGGGACACAGAAGGUGACAUCCCUGCCUGGGGCCCCACCACCCUUCAUUCGGCUGACACAUGCAGGACCUUGUGCACUGGUGGGGACCCCAGGCCUCUCCUGCAGGACAGGGGAUGGGUGAGGCUGUGCCCGAAGGGUCCGUGCCACAGGGAGUUCUGCCCGAGCGACAGUGACACGGGGACAGAUGGAUGUGGCCGGGUCCCAGUUUUAAAAAGGGACUGGAGAGCUGCUGCUGCAGCAGGGACCCCUCAGCAGGGCACUGAACCUGGCAUGGUGACACAUCCGUGCUGCUGGACAUUGUCUCACCCUGGGAUGUCCUUGGGCUGUUGGGGAAUGCUGGGGACCUCAAUUCCCUGUACCAAAAAUGUCCCUAAACAGGACUUCCAGCCUCUUAA